GAGUCAUUCGAAACGAAGCAGAAGCUUUGCUGCAGAAUGAGGAUGUGAGGACAAAGAUUGCACCUGAGCGAAAACAAACACUGACUGACGACGACUAUCCGUCCAAAAUUAUAUCUUUCUCAUUUUCAACCCUCUCCUACUGUCAAGCCAAUGAAAACGCCAACACCUCGGGAGCGCCUUCACCGAAUUUCUAUCUUUCUAUGUUUUCUAGAAACUAUGACGAAUCCGGCAGUGAGCGUCUCGUAGCAGCGACAAUGCUGCGGCCUGUCGCAUCCGACUCUCCCCGAUUCCCCGCGCCGCGCCAGUGACCAUGGACGUCAGGGCCGUUGUGGAGUUCGCCGCCGUCACCAGGGGCCUGUCACUGUUGUUGCAGGCUGUCUUCAAUGCCGUCAUCCCCGACCACGACGCCGACGCCUUCAGGCCCCCGAGGACAGAGGAGCCUCUGUGCUGGGACCCCGCCGUGGAGUGGCUGCUGGGCGGCCUCUCUCACUGGGACGCCGAGCAUUUCCUCUUCAUCGCCGAGAGAGGGUACCUCUACGAGCACAACUUUGCCUUCUUCCCCCUCUUGCCCGUCGUCCUCCGGGGCCUGGCGGAGACGCUGCUGUGGCCCCUGAGCAGCUGGCUGAGCGUGCGGGGCCGCUUGCUGCUGGCCGUGGCCCUGGGGAACAGCGCCCUCUUCCUGCUGAGCGCCGUCGCCCUGUACGCGCUCAGCAGGGCCGUUCUUCAGGACAGGCGCCUCGCUCUGCUCUCCAGCCUGCUCUACUGCGUCACGCCCGCCAACGUCUUCAUGACCGCCGGCUACUCGGAGAGCCUGUUUGCCGCGCUGACGUUCGGCGGCCUGUUCCUCCUGGAGAAAGGUUUCACCUUCCGCGCCUGCCUGGCCCUCAGCAUAGCCACCGCCGCGCGGUCCAACGGACUCGUCAACAUAGGGUUUCUGCUGUAUCUGCCGUCACUGCGCGCCAUUUGCCAGAUUCGCGUCUACCGAACGACGACUAGAGGCUACAGUAAAGUCUUCCACUAUGUCUGGGCCGUUGUCGGCGUCCUGCUCACCGCCCUCCUGGGAACGGCGAUCAUUGCCCUUCCCUUCUGCGCGUUCCAGUACUACGGGUACAGGACGUUUUGCACACCGUCCGUCUCCCUGGAGCGGAUCCCUCCCGCUCUCCUGUCCCUGGCCGAAGUGAAGGGCUACCGGGUUCCGGAUGAGAACGGUCCACCGCCCCUCUGGUGCAUGAGACCUCUCCCCCUGCUGUACUCUCACAUCCAGGAUGUUUACUGGGAUGUGGGCUUCCUGCGCUACUUUGAGCUGAAGCAGAUGCCAAACUUCGUUCUGGCUCUACCCAUGGCCGCUCUCGGCAUAAUGGCAGCGUACGCAUAUUUUCAAGCCAAUCCAGAAAUGUGUCUGAGACUCGGACUUUGGGAGACGGGCGCAAGUAAAGGACUUGACAAACCCACACCGGGAUUUUUCAACUCCAGAGUGUUCGUUUAUGUCGUUCAUUCGACUGUGCUUCUGGUGUUUGGGACAUUGUGCAUGCAUGUGCAGGUUCUAACCAGGUUCAUGGCCUCCUCGUCCCCCGUGCCUUUCUGGAUAAGUGCUCACCUGCUCCUCCUCAAUGAGCCGCUUCUUCAUCGAAGGAAAACGUCGAAUCCCAACGUGCAGCUACAGACGCAUUCCAGAAACGGAUGCAGGCACACGCCUCUGAACCCCAUUAUCGCACUGCUGCCACACUUUAAAACCUGUUCUCCCACCACGCAGAGCAUCCUGGGAUACUUCCUCUGCUACUGGGUGCUGGGCCUGGCACUGCAUUGUAACUCCUUGCCGUGGACAUGACUUAAGAGAUCACUCUGUCCUUUUAAAUGUAAUGUGUCCAUGUACGACUGCAACACGCAUCAUAUGUUGAAUGACACACGGAUAUCUUUUAAAGUACAUCAUCAAUGUUCCAUUUGUGUUUCAUUCCGGCAAUCGUUAAAACUAUUCGUUGCAGUAGCAUUACAAUAUAUAAUGAUCCCGCUCAGUCUUACAAAGAAAUUACACAAUUACAUUAUUACAUUUUUGAUGUUGAUUCACUCAUGCAAUAAUCAACCAAUUUAACUUAAACAUCUAAUUUUAAUGUCUUUGAAAACAAACUAGCAAAAUGUACAAUAUUUCUGAAGCUUAGUUGAACAGUCUGGUUGUAAAUUAUUGGAAGACUGGUUGUACUUGACAAACUUUUCAAUUUAUUGCUUGAGACUUGCUGAAGCGUAACAUUUUCAUUUAAUUUAUAAUUUGAUAUAACUGCAUGUUUGGAAGAAAUAUUCCAAGAUCUAGUUUGAGAAUGUUUGAAUAUGGAUGAGAAAAAAAUAAAAGGUUUUGUUGCUGUCAACAAAUCUUCCAUUUAAGUUUUAUUUUCAUAUAAAGGUAAACUCUUUUCUCGAGGCAUUAUGUAAAACUACUAGUGUUUUUUUGUUUUUUUUAAGAACCAAAGUUACACCAGCAAGUUUGUACUUAAAUCAUAGAUUAAAAUAAUUGUAAUAAAUCCAAACCAAUUAUGUGAA